GAAACAUUUUCGAUCUUGCUUUACUAACAACGGACGAAACGAAUUUUUAAAGGAACCAAUAUUAAAAUACUUGUCAAUCGGAUUCAUAAAUAUCAUUGCUUGUGUUGAAAAUAAAAUUGUUAAUUCAUCCAAUCAACUAAUUAGCAAGAGCAGAGGGAAACGCAUUGAAAACUAUUAUUAAAAUCGUCGGUCAUUUAGAAUUCGUGUUUGGACUUGACAACGCCUUGUUUUAAUGAAUUGGCUCGCAUUCGGGAGUAAUGAGCGAUAGACCAAGACCGGUUACUGCAAGAGCUGCUCGACCAAAGAUUGAUCGAGUAAUUCAUAGCAAAUCUUUAGAUUCGUUCAGUUCUGAUUCGGGUUCCACAGAGUCCUUGACAUCUGUUUUAAAUCAUAAUAGUUACAGCAGUCCUGUAGAGAGCGAUGUUGAAAAAACAACGAACGGAAGCCUUAUAAGGAAGGUAAAAAAGCCGAAGGAAAAUCAAUUAUCAUCGGAUGAACAGAAGAAGAUAUCAUGGAAAGAAUGGCUCAUAAACAAAGAAAAAGAAUUGAGAAAGAAGCGAGCCAUUGAGCACGAAAAAACCCAGGAGAUGACAAAAAAACAGAUAGAAGAAAAACAAAAGAAGGAAGAAGCUAAAGAGAAAGCAAUCAAAAAGUAUGCUGAAUGGUUAGAAAAAAAGAAACAAUCAGAAAAAUGCUUAAAUGAUAAAUCUCCAAUUAAGGAAAAAGAGCCUAUUAAAAAAGUUCAUACCGAUGCAAAAAAAGUAGCCGAACAAGUGGAAAAAUGGGAAAUAAAAAAGAAAAAAGAAGCUGCCGCAUUAAAAAAAAAGAAGCAGGAUGAAGCAAAAAAAUCUGAAGAAGAGGAGACAAAAAAGAAAGAAAAAGCUGAAAAAGCCUAUCAAAAAUGGUUAGACCAAGCAAAAUCUAGACCUAAAUCGUCGUGUAGUAGUUAUGGAUAUACAGGUGGGAAAUUAACUGGUUACCAUGAUAUGGCAGCUUAUCCUCAGCCAUCGUUUAUAAAUCCCGAGCCGUGGAGACCUUUGGAUAUUCCAAAACAAGAAAAGACUAUAAAACCGGCUAAAUUAAGAAAGAAGUACGCGUGGAAUCCCGAUAAAUACUUUUAA